GUGUUGAUUUUUUAUAUUCUAAAAGAUUCAAUUACAUUUGGAUAUGAGUGGAAGAUAUUUGACUGAUCGCGAACUGGAAGAAGCUCUUUAUGAGGAUGACGAUGAUUUGUGUAGGGAUUACAUAGACCGAGAUUUGGAAAGCUCAGACGAAGAAUCCGAAGUCGACCAAGGUGAACAAGAACAUCAGGAUCGCUUUUUUGAAGAAACAGAAAAUGAGUCAUCUUCUCCAAAUUCUCAGUUAGAGCAGCACGAAUCUGAAGAAACCAUGGAUGAGGAUUCAGCCGAAGAAAGUAGUGAUACGGAGGGAAAUAAUGAUGGUUGGUACAUUUAUUCUCAAAAUGGUUUAGUAGUACUUUUGAUUGUUUUUCUAGACACUAUAGCAAGACGUCGUCCACGACCUAAAGGUAUAAUAGAUCAAACCAGUUCUGACAUGGUUUCUGUAUCAGGUCUGACAUGGAAACCUAAACCCAUUACUCGACGAAGGCAAAUAGCUGCCAAUCUAAUGAGAGAAGCACCAGGUCUAAAAAACGGAAUAAAUCCUAAGCUGCCGAUUGAAGCGUUCCGGCUCUUUUUCGAUGAUGAUAUCAUUGAUUUUAUUUUGCAAUAUACGAAUGAGAAACUCGCCCUUGUAAAAGAAAGCACUCCGCAAUCUGCUUUCAUACAAAAAUCAAGAAGUUUUGAAAAAGAUGAAAUAUUAGGAUACAUGGGAUUUUUGAUAACAGCAGGUGCUUACAAGCAAAAUAAAGAUCCACUUAUCGACUUAUUCAGUGAAGAGAAUUUGCCAAUUUACAGGGCUACGUUUUCACAUUCUCGUGUCCAACUACUACAAAAAUGUAUGAGGUUUGAUGAUCAAGCUACUCGAGGUAUUCGUAAAGAAUAUGACAACCUUGCUGCAGCAAGAGAUAUUUGGGAGCGAGUCACAAGCAAAUUUCCAGACUUUUUGGCUCCUUCAGAGUCAGUUGUAAUAGACGAGGAGCUUAUAACCUUUCAUGGAAGAUGCAAAUUUCGUUUAUAUACUCCUACCAAACCUGGUAAAUACGGAAUUGAAGCUAAUGUGCUGUGUGAUUCAGAAAAUUACUAUUGUUUUGCUGCAGAACCAUACGCUGGAAAAGUAAUAAAUCAGCCCAAAGAUUACAAUAGUGGUCCGGCAGUUGUAAAACGUCUUGUAGCAUUAGCAAAAUUGCAUAACAGUGGUCGCAACAUCACAAUGGACAGAAAAUUUACAUCUCUCCCAACAGCAAAUGCUUUUUUAGAUCAAAAUCUUACUGUCGUGGGAACGAUAAUGAGUAACAGAAAAGACGUCCCACCAGAACUAAGACCACAAUCUUUGAAGGAUGCAACACCUGGCACAAUUCGCUUUGCUUUUCGCGACCGGGAAAUACUUGUAAGUUAUGUGCCAAAAAAGAAGAAGGUCGUCACUGUGCUAUCUACACAACAUCACAACAUGCAAGUGCAAAAUGACAAGCCAGAAAUUAUUUUGUACUAAACUCCACCAAAGCCGGCGUCAAUACGCUUGAUAAAUGUGUAAGAGGAUAUAGUUGUCGGCGUGGCACAAGAAGAUGGCCGAUGGCGGUUUUUUUUAAUUUGAUCGAUAUAGUUAGUUAUAACUCCUAUAUUCUUUUCAUAAAAGCUAACGAGAACUGGGCAAGAGAAAAUCCAAAACAAAAAUCAGGAAGAAAAGUUUUUUUAAAAUGCUUAGGCAAGGAGUUGUGCCAAAUAAAUAUGAGUAAUCGAUCAAAGAAAAGGGGACUCAAAAUGUUCGUCGUGAAUCAAUAGGACCAGCUACUCGAUCCGCUGUGCAAAAUAUUCCCAAAAAAGGAAGAUGUUUUGUUUGUCCAAGGUCGGCCGAUAGAAAAUAUAUGAAGGCAUGUUCUAAUUGCCAAAAGUAUAUUUGCCCUAGGCAUACAGCCAGCGAGCAAAUUACCACAAUAAGAAAUUGCACAAAUUGUAAUGUUUAGGUAUUUUACACUUUUAUA